AUGGCGUUGUAUGUGAACUUGAUCAAUCAAGAUGUCUUGCGCAGCGAUGACAUCUUUACGUGGCCCUUUGCUGCCGUCCAGCUCGCCCAGUCUAUACGCGACGCGUUCAAGGUGCCUUCGGCGUUGAAAUCAAUACAGUCGACGACAACUCGCAACGACGACUCCACCUCGCCUUCGCCACCGCCCUCUCCGACUGCGCCAGGAUUCAGGUGGCUGUCAAAUGGCCCACACUUCGAGGCCCACUUCCUCGCAUAUCCUCCAUCUGCCCCUCUGCCAUCCACGUGUCACAUACCUGUGCUCUGCAUGGCCACCGAGAAGUAUCUUCCGGUGGUGAUGACUAGUCUACUCUAUCAGCGACACCGUAUCCUCGGACAUGUCACCACGGACCCGCAAGCCCGCUGCAGUUCCACCCGGGUCAGAACGUCCGUCUGUCCCGAAAUCGUUACACCUGAAGAAGUCAGUGACACGGAAGGCCCACCUGCCAGUGAAAUGUCUGACACCAUUCUAACUUUCCUUUCACAAAUGUCUUGCUCUCGCUUUGCGGACACCCCGGUGGCCAAUGAUAGCAGGAUAUUCAGUUGGCUAUUGGAUCGAAGAGUAGCGCCAAAGUCUCUCGCAUCUGAUCCGGAGUUCUCUCGUGAAUACGUUGCAAUGACGGGCUUCAUUUGGCCGAUGACGUGGAACGUCAGAGACGAUCUACCACCCGUUGAUGCUGCACUUGAGUCAUGCAUUCAAGAAUUACUUGCUAGUGUUGCCCCUCUGAAGUCCCAAAAUGCAGUGAAACUUCUGCAUCCGGAUGAAUUCCCAGUCGAUCUGCGAAUCCUUGAACAGAGUUCCUCUGCGAUCUUCCAAGGGUCCCGCCGUUCCCGCGAAAAGAAGGCUAUCGGCGACGAGUAUGAAGUAUCGUGGCGUCAUGACCACGAUCAUCUUCUGUUCGACUUCUUCAUACGUCUUGUUCAGACCAAUACUGGAACUCUCUUGGGUGGCGAUAAGUCCAUCGCACAUUUUGAAGACCCACAAGUUCACCUAACUCUCGAAACUACCCUCUGUUUUCCCGAGAGCGAUUUCUUACAACCUAUUCCAGAGGAAUUUGAAACUUCAAUGGAUCGUCUGCUAAUAUUUGAUCGCACAGCUACCAGACGGUGGCUCAAUUCACGUGGCAAUGCCCCUGCUGCAACCGCCGCAGCAGAUAGAGAAAUAGAGAGUGCUUUAGGAGGAAAGAGAAAGAAUCAGAGACUAUCACAGGACUUUGGAAUGUUCCCAAGGACUGGAAAAUGUGAUGCGUUGGGGUGUCUUUGGGUCAAGCUCCCAAACGUAUCAGUUGAAGAUCUUGGUCAGUUCCCAUUCAUCCAUCGCACUCCACCGACGGACGAGGUUGGGUCUAAUGAUGCAACCAAGGCAUCAAUGCGGAAUGAUGCGACUCGAGCUUCCAAACGUGGCGAUGCAACCAGGGAAUCCUGGGCACAACGACGGUGCCCCAAUCGAUCCCCUGGACGGGGAUCGAAGCCUAAACAUAACGUCGAGGCUGAUGGGACUGCAGAAGACACCGUGGAGCCGAUGACUUCUCGAAUAGAACGUUUACAGAUUGGGCCGGACGCUACGCUUUUAGAUCUACCUAUUGUCGCGGUGGAGCACAAGAAGAAAUCGGAUCAUCUAGCGAAAACAAUGAACCAGCUCAGGAUGCACCUCACUGCGUCGGUCAAGUUCUUGCAGACCAUCGGAAUCACGAACUUUCCUGUAUAUGGGGUUGAGGCCGAUGUCCUACGAGGUGACGACAAUUUGAACGACUGGAUAGUAUCUACACCGCUGGGAGCGUGGCACUAUGCGACGAUCCUUUGUCGGCUUGCGAACAUUCACGCUGGGCUCCUUGGGGAGAGGUUCGAAAUGGCUAAGGAGGACUUGAUCACGUCAUUGCGCAAGAAGGGGAAAGAUAUGGAGGGAUGGACGAUCACCCACCAACUUGCCCUGCUGGCGGCAGACUACACGUGUUCUUGUUUCACCGCCGGGCAUCCUGGGGAGAAGUUUGAAUGGGUGAAGAAGGAUCUGCUCACCUCGUCGCGCCGCGCGGGGGAAGAUACGGCGAAGUGGACGAUCAUCGAUCACCCACCGGGUUGCCAUGCUGGAGCCAGACAGAUCACAUUCAACACCGCACAAUGCUCAACUCACUCCCACCCUCUUUCUCUUUUAACACGUCGAACGAGCCCAGACUGCCUGUCGGAAAUCACCGUACUCACCGCACGAGGCGAUGAAGAACGCAACACAAACAGCACUAGACUGCUACCUUAUCAGGAAGUAAUAGAUUACAUGAUGACACACACUUAUGAGCACGUACUUGUACUGUAUUUUCGCGUUCGCAGUCAACGUAGGGAACGAUCGUUAUAUGAGGAAACGAGCGCCAAGCGGACGGAGUGGAGACUAGCCGGGAGCUCCUUCAAAGCGUCGCCGUUCUGGUCAAGUCUUCCUCCUUUCCACCUCGCGACUGAGGGUUUGCGUGGAGAACUCAGUCAAGCAUUCUUAUCGACCUGA